AUGGCGGAGAAUUUCUCAACCAUGAUCUCAACAAGUUCUUACAGGAUCAUGACAUCAUACAUCAUCGCUCUUGUCCAUAUACUCCCCAACAAAAUGGGGGUGGCUGAGCGAAAGAAUCGACAUUUACUGGAAGUGUUUCGUGCCUCCCUCUUUGGUGCCAACAUGCCUCAGUCAUUUUGGGGAGAUGUCAUCAUCUUUGUAGCUUACCUUACUCAAUCAGACUCCUUUAAGUACCUUGAAUUUCCAAACUCCUUUUCAAACACUUCACCACCAUAUCUAAAUACCUCCGACCCCAAACCUUAA